CGGUCGCACCGGGCAUGCUCAGUGGCGCGGCCGGCUGGGUGGCCCGCGAGCUGCACCCGGAUCUGCUCGGCGGCGGCGGCGGCGGCGGCGACGUGAGCGCGCAGGGGGGCGGCGGCCUCGCCUCGUCUCACUCUCUGCGUCUGGGUCGGGUGGGUGACGCCGAGCGCCAGAGAGAUGUCGGAUUUCGACAGUAACCCGUUUGCCGACCCGGAUCUCAACAAUCCCUUCAAGGAUCCAUCAGUUACACAAGUGACAAGAAAUGUUCCACCAGGACUUGAUGAAUAUAAUCCAUUCUCGGAUUCUAGAACACCUCCACCAGGCAGCGUGAAGAUGCCUAAUGUACCCAAUACACAACCAGCAAUAAUGAAACCAACAGAGGAACAUCCAGCUUAUACACAGAUUGCAAAGGAACAUGCAUUGGCCCAAGCUGAACUUCUUAAGCGCCAGGAAGAGCUAGAAAGAAAAGCUGCAGAAUUAGAUCGCCGGGAACGAGAAAUGCAAAACCUCAGUCAACAUGGUAGAAAAAAUAAUUGGCCACCUCUUCCUAGCAAUUUUCCUGUGGGACCUUGUUUCUAUCAGGAUUUUUCUGUAGACAUUCCUGUAGAAUUCCAAAAGACAGUAAAGCUUAUGUACUACUUGUGGAUGUUCCAUGCAGUAACACUGUUUCUAAAUAUCUUCGGAUGCUUGGCUUGGUUUUGUGUUGAUUCUACAAGAGCGGUUGAUUUUGGAUUGAGCAUCCUGUGGUUCUUGCUUUUUACUCCUUGUUCAUUUGUCUGUUGGUACAGACCACUUUAUGGAGCUUUCAGGAGUGACAGUUUAUUCAGAUUUUUUUUUUUUUUUUUCGUCUAUAUUUGUCAGUUUGCUGUACAUGUACUUCAGGCUGCAGGAUUUCAAAAUUGGGGCAAUUGUGGUUGGAUUUCAUCCCUUACUGGUCUCAACAAAAGUAUUCCCGUUGGAAUCAUGAUGAUAAUCAUAGCAGCACUUUUCACAGCAUCAGCAGUCAUCUCACUAGUUAUGUUUAAAAAAGUACAUGGACUAUAUCGCACAACAGGUGCUAGCUUUGAGAAGGCCCAACAAGAGUUUGCAACAGGUGUGAUGUCCAACAAAACUGUCCAGACUGCAGCUGCGAAUGCAGCUUCAACUGCAGCAACUAGUGCAGCUCAGAAUGCUUUCAAGGGUAACCAGAUUUAAGAAUCUUCAAACAAUACACUGUUACCUUUUGACUGUACUUUUUUCUCCAGUUACUGUAUUCUACAAAUAUUUUUAUGUUCAAAACACACAGUACAGACAGCAUGGAUAUUUCCUGUUCACUUGUGCAUGGGCUAAAACCAGGAAAACUUCCUUGUCUUAUUACUUUACCUAAUAGUUUCUUAAUAUUUCAGUGCCCCUUGCAGAAAAAAAUAUGACAUGCUAAAUAUUCUCCAUAUUUUUUGGGGGAUGACGUUCAGUGAAUUAUUUCAGUGGUGACCCACUGAAAUUAAUAAUGGUACUUAUGAUUAAAAUGCAUUUAAUACUAACUGCAGUAGUUCUUUCAAGAAUCUUUAGAGAUAAGGAUUGCACAUUGGAAAAGUAAAGCUAUGUUUUAUUCCCUUUUCCCUAUUUAUAUUGAAAGAAAUAGGCCAGCAGAGACUUAGGGAUUUUAAAUUGGCUUGCUUUUUAGCUGUUUCAGUCACCAGUGAAGAGCCUAUGUGCAUUUUGUAGUAGAUAAUGUAAAAUUUAUCAUCUUUUUCUUUUUUUUUUUGGAGUAGUUGAUAUUUUGAUAACAAUCUCUGAUUUGCAUGGGUACCACAUUUCUGAUAUUAAAAGAAUUAGUAUUUUGGCUUCUGUACUGCUAUGGUUGUAGGAUUCAGGGGUUAAUGGAAUCACAGAUGUGAUUCGCUGUAAGAGUUUCUUUUAAAUAAAAAGUUUGGGGGUGCAAUAUAAGAAUUUAACAUAAUAUGCAGUGCAUUAUCCAAAAGAGAAGGUAGUUAAUGCAAUAGAAUGUAGCGGUAAUAAUUCCUUUUUAAAAAAAAAAAAAAAUAUUCAGUAUUCAUAUAGUGACAUUUUGCUAUAUGAAAAACUUUGGUAUAUUCUGUGGUUACAACUAAGAUUGUGUCUGGCAGUUCUUUUUUGGGGAUAUGUGUGUGUGUGAUUUUUAACAGAGGUAUUAAAUGCUAGCCUAACCCUUGUCUAAAAAUAAUGUACGUAUAUAAGGGAUUUUUCUUUUAGUUUUUCAUCUCCAGUCUCAUUAAAAACAAAAAGGCCCUGGCAUUUUUUUCAUAUAUUUCAAUCCCUAAAUGCACCUGUUUGAGACAGACUGAAUACAUCUAAAAUUUCCAGCAAUAGAAAAAAAAAUUUAAGUUGCACCAAGCAAGAAAAUUAUAAAUACAGUUAAAUGCAUUAAGAUAAUCAUGUUAAAAUUGUUACUGUGCAGCACAGAACUUCAUUCUUACAGUAUUCUUGGGUUAAACUUUGAAUCAACUUUAAUACUGAUUAAAUGACUCAAAGACAUUUGUAAGUCAUGCUACUGUGUUUUGAAAGCCUUUAGCUAAUUUAAGAUUGCAGAAUGAUAGGUAGUGAUUAUUCAAUUAGAUUUUAAGUAAGGAUUGUGAUAUUAGAGGCUGGAAAUUCAUAUUUAAAAAAAAUCAGAUAGGCAUAAAUAGUUAACUCACUUUCAUUCUCCCCAAAUCUGGAGUUACAGAAGAAGUUUUAUGCUAGAGGUGGGAUGCCAAGUUCUCACUAUCCAUGAAGCAGCGCUGCGUGUUACUAGGUAAUGUAGAGCCAUCCAGAUGGUGUUUACGUUUGAUUUAUUUGGGACCUUAUUGACAUUAGGUAUACUUGGAAGACAUUUCUUUUAUUCUUCAGAGUAUGAAUUUAAAGCUGUUUUUGUAAAUAUUUCUAAUCAGCGAUGAUUUCUACCUGCAUUUUCAAUCAACUUAGCCAGUUUGUUUUUCAGAACCUGUAGUCUUACUGGAAUUCUGUUUUAUCAGUGUGCUUUAUAGAGUAUAGAUUUUGCAUACAUUCAAAACAUUAACCAUAAAAUACAGCAAGAACACCUAUAUUCACCAUUAACUUAUAUCCCAAGUCCAUUUUUUUCUAUACCCUACAAACAAAAGAUAAAUGAGAGACUUUUGAAAAAUGCUGAAAUACUUUCCUUCAGAAUUGGAAUGUUUCUAUUAUGUAGAAAUCCCCAAAGGUAGCUUUAUUAAAUAGCAAAGAAUAAUUAGAACCCACAGUGUCUUUUUUGGUGUGAAUGGGAAAAAUGUUUUAAAAUUCAGUUAUUUAAUACAAGUUUGAGAGAGAAAAUUGUUUUUUAAAAAAAUACAUGUGCAUUGAAAUGAUGGCAAUGCUUAUAGUACGAUCAAGUAUGAACGGAGCUUUAAAUUCUUAUAUUUACUCUUCUCUCUCAGUAAAUUGUUAAAUUUUCAUUCAGCGAAAGAUUGGCAUUUGUUAAUGUUUUAUAUUUAAUACUAAAAUCACAGUUAUGAAAUCAUAGUCAUAAAAUGGUCUUCACAUAGUAGUCGUCUGUGUCAUUUUUCAGUUUGUAAUAUUCUGGCUGUUUUAUUUCAAACUAAAGCUUGAACACUGGGAAAUCAUUGCUCAGUGAUUUGUAAUUUGGGACUUGGAUUAUUUAUCUUGAGAUGUUUGUAUAUUUUGUCAGUAACUAAUAUUGCGCUGCCAUCAUGGUGACUGUCAUGGUUCUACAGAAAUGCCCUCCAUGUGUCCCUCUAAUGUUGCAUGUUUCAGUGGGUUGGAAGUUUUGUAUAUUUAUUGUAUUAACACAGAGUGUCAUAAAAUAAAAUGCUGUUUACUGGAUGUUUGUUUGUAUAAUUUUGAACACUAUAAUAGCAAUUCAAAGACAGACAUUGUUAAAGGUUUGAUGUAUAUAGAAAUUCCAUGUUUGAUUUUUAAAAAUCUGUGUGUAAGUCUGUCAUGUGCUAAACAAAAUAAUAUGAAAGACUUAAGUUAAAAACUCUAAGCAACAUAAAAUGACAGUUUUUCUGUUGCAUUAGACCUUUACAGGUGUUAGAACACGAGCUUCAUUUGUAUUAAAUAUUUUGGCCCCUUUAAGGUCAAAUUACAGAUAAUCUAGAAGUUAGAUUAAAAAUGAAAAACCUAUUCGUGGCUCAGAUUUUUUAUUGUGGAUUAAAAAUGAGUGUCUGUGUACUAGUAUUGUGUUUAUUCAAUUGAACUUGUAUUCUGAUUUUUAACCUUGCUACUUAUUGCUGUUCUAUGCACUGAUGAAAGUACCUAUUUGUGUUUUAUUGGAUUUUCACUUGGUUAGCUAAAGAAUAUGUAAAAAUACAAUCUAAAAUAAUGUUCAUGGUGAAUCUUAUUUUGAGAAAUAUAUGUUAAAAAAGGAACAGUAUUCUUUAUUUUCUGGGUGUUAUAUUUUAAAAAGUGAGUUUGAAUUUUUAUACCUAGUUUACUAGGAAAAUAUUUUAUUCUACAGUUCUUAAGAUAAUGUAUUGUUUGCAUUUAAAGGGGAUUUAUGUUAGGUUAAUUAGUUGUUUCUGUAAAUCAUUUGUAAUAGCAUAAUGCUUUUUACUCAUUACUGUAUCUUUUUCUGAAAACAUUGUUGUUAAUAUCUAAUUCCGUAUCCUUAUUGGUACAAAUCUGUGUUUAGCAUGACUGUUUAUAUAUAGAAUUUGUUACAUUGUGAGCAUUUUUCCCUGGUUAUAUAUACCUUAGAAUUAUCAUGGCUGACAUACACCAUUUCACUAUAUCUCCUUUCAUUUUUUCCUUAAGAAAAAUGUUUAGAGGAAUUUGUUCAUUUCAUGUAAUUAAGCCCUUUAGAGGUGAAAUUAGAGUAGUUAAUUUAAAAAUAAUUGAGGAUGGUUAAAAAUAGAAAACACCUUACUCUGAUACAUUUUAAAGUACAAUAGUAUACAUUUAUUUAGAGUAGAAUAACAUGUUUAAAACAUGAGUUUUAAAUACUUUUUUAUUAAUCUAAAAAGUUUUAGCUCACUUAUUAAGUAUUAGAGAAAGUGAAGUAUUUUGGCUAGAAUUUUAGGGCACAUUUUAUAAAGCAGCAUGCCUAUAAUAUUGGUGGGUAUUUUUAAAUUUUUAGGGCUUUAUUACAGUAUGUAGAGAGCUAGAAAUAAAUCUCUAGAAACUUUCUAAGCCAGAUAUUGCCACUAAUCUAUCUUACAUUAGCAGAUAUCUCUUAUUUGAAGAUUGUAGGAAAAUCUGUUCUCCAGUUUUCUCACCCCUCCUGUGGGUUUUAUAUUUACAAUUUAACUUUGGGGCUUGGGUCAAGCAUUUAAUGUAUAGAAUUUUCAUUAAUGUUGGCCAAGUUUCAAAUGGCAAAGGAACAUGGGAACCAACAUGUGGCAAUGCAGUGAGUGUUAAACUUUGUGUUUGUCCAGAUCCUGAUUUAUUUUUUGGUUCAUAUCUUUCUGGGCUUGACAUGGCUGAUGGUAUAGCUGAAACUCUCCUAACACUAAAAGUCAUUUUAAUCUUUUCUCUAAUAGGUGCAGAAAAUAGUUAAUCACCCACCUAGUAAUGUAAGAUUACUCUGAAUAUUAUCUUCCAUAUGUUAAAACAGUUCUAGUUUGUAGAAUCCUACCAUGCAAGUUUUAUUUUUAAACUCCAGUUAUUUUCAGUGAGUACUUAAAUAUAAUUCAGAAUGCCUCCGCAACUUUUAAUAUUUUCUGUGCCAGUGAUUCUCAGGAUAAAUCAUGGUUGUAGUAGUUGUUACUAUUGGCAAUUUGUAGUAGUAUUCAGAUAUUUUGAGGAUGGGGAAAACACCAAAACUCAGUGUCUUUUAUCUGGUCAUCACAGUGGUAUCUACAGUAUUCUAGUCUCCUACACAAAAACUGAACCCACUGGGCAUAUGCAUCCCUCACACUUUCUUUUUCUAGUAUAAAAGCAAUACAUACGUGUUGUAGAACAAUUAAAAAUUCAGAAAGUGAUAAAUGAGAAAAUAAAAAUAAAUCCUUAAUUGUGUCA